ACACUUUUCACAGCACUGACUAUAUUUGCGAUAGGUACGAUACAUACGAUAGUAACGCCGGAAAACUAACUAGAAAUAAGAUAUUGUGAUACAUUAAUUAAAAAAUGUCGCCUGGAAAACAAAUUGCCAGCGAUAGUGAUAUGGAAACGGUCCUGGAGGAGUUCAAGCAGCGCCAGGUGCGCCGGAACAGCGUGGGAUUGGCGAAAUACACGUGCAGCGUGCCAAAAUGUGAGGCCACAUUCAAGCGGCUAGACCAAUUGGACCGCCAUGAAUAUCACCACACGGGAAUUAAGAAGCACGCCUGUUCGUACGAGGGCUGCGACAAAACCUACUCCAUAGUGACGCACUUGAAAAGGCAUCUAAGAAGUACCCACGAGCGUCCUGAGGCGGCAGCCCAGAAGACCGUUAAGUGCGCCCUUGAAGAUUGCGGUAAGAUGUUCAUCUCAGUCAGCAAUAUGACCCGUCACAUGCGCGAAACCCACGAGUGUCCACGGGUCUAUCCGUGCAGCUAUUGCAGCGCCAAGUUUUCCCAAAAACUAAAACUUAAGCGUCAUGAGAUCAGGGAGCACACGCUGGCGUAUCCCUUUAGUUGCUCGAAAUGCUUGCGGGGAUUCUAUCAGGAGUGGCAGUGCCAGAGUCAUGAGCCCACCUGCAAGCAGUACGAGUGUCCCGGUUGUCCACAGAAGUUCAACAAGUGGACGCUGUACACGAAACAUUGCCGCGAUACGUUGCACGGCAGGAAUCGGCAUAAAUGCGAGCGUUGCGAUAGCAUCUUUGACAAGCCCAGCGAUCUCAAACGUCACAUCGAGACGAAACAUCAGGAGGUGGAGGAAAAGGAGGCCUCCGCUGCUUCAUUCACCUGCACAGAGGAAGGCUGCGGUAAGAGCUACUCGUACUUAAGGAAUCUUCGCCAGCACAUGCUGUCCGCACAUUCGGGCAGACGUUUCGAGUGUCAGACCGUGGAAUGCGGACGCUGCUUUAGCAGUGCCCAGAAUCUGGCCAAACAUUUGCUCAGGGAUCACAAAGAUGGUAAAAAGAAAAAGGAUACGAAAAAGGGGACCGCAGAGAAACUAAAGUCUAAUCCUCGCAAGCGACGACGCGAUGCUGGACGCAGCAAGCAUUCGCGACUGUCAAAGCUGGCUUGCCUGCAGUUAGACAAGGAUGACGAGGAGGCGGUUCGGGAACGGCAACCGGUGGCCCUUGAAAAGGUUACCAAAUCACUGAUCGAGAACCCCAUCGAGGAAUUGCUGGCACAGACCCUGCAAGACGAAGAGGAAGUCGAGCAGGAGUAAGGCAUAUACAUUUCAAAAUGGGGAAUGAAGGUCAGUCUGUUCAAAAUUUAAAAAAAAUAAGUAUAGUAGUAAUAGUAUUUGGCUAGAAGAGGCUAAAUAAUGUAAUAAGUUCCGAAAAGGCCAUAAAAUAAUAAGAAAAUCUGAAGAAGUUACUACAUAAAUAACUUAAAGACACAAUACAUUAAACAGAAAUGACAAAAAAAAAAAUCAAAAACUAAAUAAUAAAAUAAAAUGAAUAUUUACUGCCAGAAUUAUCUGGACAAGGAUAACCUUUAUCACCUUUUAUAUAUUUUUGAAUAUAACAAUAAAUUAUCACCUCCCCCCUAUUGGUUAGUGAUUAACCAUUAAGUAUAAGCUUACUUAGAAUAAAUUAUCUCUAGUCGUCGCCUAGAGCAGACAUUUUCUUUAAUUUAUUCUAAGCAUAAGAAGCACAUUCCUGUAUUGAAGCUAUUAACUAACGUGAAAUUAUUUAUUUUAAAUAAUAAAAACUUUAAGUUUUCUGA